AUGCUUCAAUCAAAGACUAUCCUCGCGAUCUUGCUAGCCUUGAGCUUUCUCUUCACUGAAAUUCAAGGAGAAGGGAAUAAAAUCGUCAUGGGCUAUGCAACAGUCCCCGCAGAUGUGGCUUAUCUCAUGAAUCUACGCGAAAGGCCAUAUGUACCGAGAUCCGAUGAACUCACUCAAUUAGGACCUGGCUUUUAUCUGGUAAACAAACCUGGCAACUGGAAGGGUAAUCAUGAAAGUCACUUUUGUGUUAUCAGAGGGCUGGAGUCUCGGAUACAAGAGACCGAGAAAGUCUAUAUCCCGAGAUCUUAUCACAGAGAGUCUUGGGAAGAUUUUAAUACCCAAAACUUAUGGGGCGAAAAAGACGAAUCAGUCAUUUUAGAGUACAUUAUGACAGAGACAUCGAUAAAAGAGCCCGAGAAAGCGUUUCGCUUCUCGUGGGUUUUGGGUGUCGAUUGGCAGUUGCGUAUGCUUAUUCCAAAGAAUGUGGUAGAUAGGGCUGGUUCGGAUUUCCAGGCCGCAUGCUAUGAAUCAGAAGCUGCAAUGAGGGAAGAUUCAGACGAGGUCGUUGAUUGGAUGUCUUGGGGGAUUACAGGACACCCUGGACUACCGGGCAAUUAG